CGCACGAUCCCUCGCCUUCCCCAGCUUCCUCAACCACAAGGACGAGCCGAGUCGGAUCCCCUCGAGGCUCGCCACCCACCUGCUCUUGCACCUCAACGUGCAUUUCCUUGUCCGAGCACUGCUUCUGGACCAUCCGCCACCCCGUCCACACGAACCUCUCGCGUGUCGGUCCUCGUCCACCAGCGCCCGCCAAUGCCUCGCUCUCUCAACUAGCCGCAACACCGUCCCAGCACUGCCAGAACCGCAAUGAUAGCCUCGUCCUUCCUGCCCUCCCGCUUCCGCGGUGAGCAGCCUUCUGGCGAGCGCCAGCCGCCCUCGAACGUCAACAAGAAGGUCACCCCUUUCCUCCACGCCGUCGCCAAGCUCGCCUGCUCCCACCCAAUCCACACGAUAUGCCUCGUCUCCCUCAUUGCCAGCACCACCUACGUCGGUGUCAUGAAGGAGAGUCUGCUCGACCUCACUCGCAAUGCCCGCAAGGCUGAGUGGUCUUCUCUCACCGAGGGCAGCCGCACCCUUCACGUUGGCCCCGAGACGUCUUGGAAGUGGCAGGCUCUCGACGACACCGCCGGCAUCGCCAAGGAUACCGACCACCUGGCCCUCGUCACCUUUGUCUUCCCCGAAUCCUCCGAAGACGGGCCAUUGAACGCCCCCGGUUCGCACAUCGUGCCUCUUCCCGAGAACCUCACCGUCUCCCACCUGCCGUCGACCUCCAACAGCCUCUCCGCAUAUUCGCAGGACAGCUCGCUCGCCUUCUCCGUCCCUUACAGCCAGGCCUCCGAAUUUCUCACUGCCACGCUCGAGAUCCCCAACGAUGACCCUACCGCCCAGUCUCGCGUGACCGAGGCCGGCAAGAAAGAACACAAGAUGUGGAUCAUGAAGGUGGCCAGGGGCGACACCAGCACCAGCCUUGUUCGUUGGGUCCAAAACGCCUGGGUCGAGUUUCUCGAUCUGCUCAAGAACGCCGAGACCCUGGACAUCAUCAUCAUGGUGCUUGGCUAUCUCUCCAUGCACUUGACCUUUGUGUCCCUUUUCUUGUCCAUGCGCAAGAUGGGCUCCAAUGUCUGGCUGGCCACGACCGUCCUCAUCUCGUCUACCUUUGCCUUCCUCUUUGGCCUCAACGUCACCCACAAACUUGGUGUCCCCAUUUCUGUUGUUCUCCUGUCAGAGGGCCUUCCUUUCCUGGUUGUCACUGUUGGCUUUGAGAAGAACAUUGUCCUCACCAAGGCUGUCCUGUCGCACGCCAUUGAGCACCGGCGUCCUGAGGACAAGAAUUCCAAGAAGCCCGCCAGUUACGCUACCAACAACAUGAUCCAGUACGCUGUCCAGCAGGCCAUCAAGGACGUUGGUUUUGAGAUUGUUCGCGACUACGCUCUCGAGAUCCUCAUUCUGAUUGUGGGUGCUGCAUCUGGCGUCCAAGGUGGUCUUCAGCAGUUUUGCUUCUUGGCCGCCUGGAUCCUGUUUUUUGACUGCCUCCUGCUCUUCACCUUCUACAUGGCAAUCUUGUGUAUCAAGCUCGAGAUCAACCGCAUCAAGCGCCACGUUGAGAUGCGCAGAGCACUCGAGGACGACGGUGUGAGCAAGCGUGUUGCCGAGAACGUCGCCAAGAGCAACGACUGGCCUCGCCAGGGUUCCAAGGACGUUGUGACUGAGCGGCUCUUUGGCGAGAACGCCCGAAGCUCCAGUGUGCCCAAGUUCAAGUUCUGGAUGGUUGUUGGUUUCUUCGCCAUCAACGCGGUCAACAUUUGCACCAUCCCUUUCCGGGCUUCUGACAGCCACUCUUUCGGUAGCGUCAGCUCCUGGGCUGGCGGCCUUGGCGCUGUCGUCAAUGCCCCUCCCUUGGAUCCCUUCAAGGUUGCCUCGAACGGUCUUGACGAGAUCCUUUUCACCGCUAGGAGCCACAGCAAACCCACGGUCGUGACCAUUCUCUCACCGAUCAAGUACGAGCUCGAGUACCCUUCGAUCCACUACGCGGUGCCCGCCAGCUCCUCUGCUGCCGGUGCCGGCCCAGAGAACCCUUACGCACCUCUCGAGGACUACGGCGUCGGCGGACGCAUGGUUGGCAGUCUUCUCAAGAGCCUUGAGGACCCCAUUCUCUCCAAGUGGAUCGUGGUUGCUCUGGCCAUGAGUGUCGCCCUCAACGGUUACCUCUUCAAUGUCGCUCGCUGGGGCAUAAAGGAUCCCAACGUCCCCUACCAGCCCAUUGACCGUAAGGAGCUGGCCGCCGCGGAGAGAUUCAAUGAUACUCAAGCUGCUUCUCUCCCGAUCACUGGUGACAUUCCCACGCCCAGACGGACUAUGCCCCCAACACCUGCGGAAACGGACGACGAAGGUACUGUCGCCGUUCUUGAACCUGCCGCUCCCAACGGAACUCCCCGUGCUCCUGGCGAACUGGAGAAGAUGCUGGCCGAGAAGCGUAUCCACGAGAUGUCUGACGACGAGGUCGUCGCCCUGUCUCUGAAGGGCAAGAUCCCCGGCUACGCCCUCGAGAAGAGCCUGAAGGACUGCACCCGUGCCGUCAAGGUUCGUCGUGAGAUCAUUUCGAAGACGAAGGCCACGGCCGACCUCACCCGCUUGCUCGACCGCUCGAAGCUGCCGUACCAGAACUACAACUGGGAACAGGUGCUCGGAGCCUGCUGCGAGAACGUCAUUGGUUUUAUGCCUCUCCCUGUCGGCGUCGCCGGGCCCCUGGUCAUUGAUGGCCAGAGCUACUUCAUUCCUAUGGCCACGACUGAAGGUGUCCUGGUCGCCAGUACCAGCCGAGGCUGCAAAGCCAUCAACUCUGGUGGUGGUGCCGUGACUGUGCUCACUGCUGACGGCAUGACUCGUGGUCCUUGCAUUUCCUUCGAGACCCUCGAGCGUGCUGGUGCUGCCAAGAUCUGGCUCGACUCCGAGGCCGGUCAGAAUGUCAUGAAGAAGGCCUUCAACUCCACCUCUCGAUUCGCUCGUCUGCAGUCGAUGAAGACUGCCAUCGCUGGUACCAACCUCUACAUCCGCUUCAAGACCACCACUGGAGACGCCAUGGGCAUGAACAUGAUUUCCAAGGGUGUCGAGCACGCAUUGAAUGUCAUGGCUAGCGAAAGCGGAUUCGACGACAUGCAGAUCAUCUCUCUUUCUGGCAACUACUGUAUCGACAAGAAGGCCGCUGCGAUCAACUGGAUUGAGGGGCGUGGCAAGGGCAUUGUUGCCGAGGCCAUUAUUCCUGGCGAUGUUGUCAAGGCCGUUCUCAAGAGCGACGUUGACAGCCUGGUCGAACUGAACAUUUCCAAGAACUUGAUUGGAUCUGCCAUGGCUGCCUCUGUGGGUGGCUUCAACGCCCAUGCUGCGAAUAUCGUGGCUGCCAUCUUCCUUGCCACUGGCCAGGAUCCUGCUCAGGUCGUAGAGAGUGCCAACUGUAUCACCAUCAUGAAGAACCUUCGCGGAUCUCUGCAGAUCUCUGUCUCCAUGCCCUCUAUCGAGGUUGGCACACUUGGUGGUGGCACUAUCCUGGAGCCUCAGAGUGCUAUGCUCGACAUGCUCGGCGUCCGCGGUUCUCACCCCACUAACCCCGGCGACAACUCCAGACGCCUGGCUCGCAUCAUUGGCGCUGCCGUCCUGGCUGGUGAGCUGUCUCUGUGCAGCGCGCUCGCCGCUGGCCACCUUGUCAAGGCGCACAUGGCCCACAACCGGUCGCAACCUCCCACUAGGAGCACGACUCCUGCGCCAAGUGGGACAGCUACGCCGGCUGGCCUUACCAUGACCCAGAAGAGCCCGGCCGCUCAUGAACGGUCGAGUGCUGGCAAGCGUUAGUCCCGUGGAGGCCAAGUCAACGGUGAUAGGAUAUGGGUAGUGCCUGGACAUAUUCGGCACCUGUCCACGCCCGCUUUUGGAUUUGUUUCAAGACCGCAUUGCAACCGGGGUGGUGCAUUUUUCGCUUACACAAAGUGCGACAAGCGAAGCGCACAAACUUGCAUUAGGUUGCGACCUACUCUGGCGUUUUUGGAGCCAUGACCGACAGCCAGGGUCGGUCAAGGGCGGGGAAGGGAGUAAUAUGGCUGGGUGACGAAAGUAAUAUGCGUCCUUGGCUCUGAUUGCCUUAAUAUCGCAGUACACGGGGCGAGAGUUUGUACACAGUACUAGCCGACGUUAGACAGACACAGACACAGCCACAGACGCACAGUCUGUGCGUGUAUAUACAAUCAUAGAGUGAAGAAAGAAAGGUUAAGAUCCAUACAUCA